GCAAAUUUGUUCAUUUGUAAAAAUUGCAACAAGAGAGUAACAAAUAAAACUAAAGCCAAUGAAUCAAAGACAGGGGAGAGAAGACGAAAAAGAUCCAAAAAUAAAACUUAAUAAGGAUAGAUUUAACUUCUCUGCCUUGGCCGCCUUCUAAGGCAGAGGAGAUUCAUUUCUUUCUCUCCCCAAGUAAAAUUCUCCGAAACACAAAACAAAAUUUGAAAUGGCGUUUCAGGAUUUUGACAAGAUCCAAGAACGUGUAAACGCUAAUAGAAAACGUAAAUUUAGGAAGAGGAUCAUCGUUGGGAUGGUCUCUUUGCUUGUGGUUGUUGCUGCUAUUGUUGGAGGAGCUUUUGCUUACGUUGUUUAUGAAAAGAAAAAUGAACAACAAGUGAAGAACAACAACAAAAACGACAAUAACAACGCCAAGGAUAGCCAGAAAAAUAACCAGAGCCAGUUACCAAGUCCAACCCCGAAAGUGCCUAUUUCCGCAGCGCAAUCAGUGAAUCCCGGCCAGGCUGAUAAAAUAAUACAAACUCUUUGCAGUUCAACGCUUUACAAGGUAUGCUGCGAGAAGACGCUCAAGAACAGAACAGAGAAGGGUUUUGCUUUGACAAAUCCGAGAACGCUUUUGAAAUCUGCCAUUGAAGCUGUCAAUGAAGAUCUUGACCGAGUUUUGGAGAAAGUAAUGAGUCUCAAGACUGAGAACCAGGAUGAUAGAGAUGCAAUUGCGCAAUGUGAACUUCUUGUGGAAGACGCAAAAGAGGAAACCGUUGCAUCGCUGAUCAAAGUCAAUGGCACAGAAGUCAACAACUUUGCAAAAAUAGUUCAUGAUUUGGAUAGUUGGUUAAGCGCGGUCAUGUCAUAUCAAGAGACAUGCGUUGACGGGUUUGAGGAAGGAAACCUAAAAUCUGAAGUUAAGAAGAGCGUUAAUUCUUCUCAGGUUCUCACAAGCAAUUCGCUAGCGAUGCUCAAAUCUUUUGAUGCGAAUCACUCUCCUACUACAAAGGCCACAACACGAAACCUUCUUGAUAGACCGUCUUGGGUAAGCACUGAGGAUAGAAGAAUGUUAAGAGCUGUUGAUUUGAAGGCUUUGAAGCCUAACGCCACCGUCGCUAAAGAUGGUAGUGGAAAUUUUACAACCAUCAAUGAUGCUCUUAAAGCAAUGCCUGAAAAAUAUGAGGGAAGGUACAUUAUCUACGUCAAACAAGGUGUUUAUGACGAAUAUGUGAAUGUUGAUAAGAAGAAGGCAAACCUUACUAUGGUCGGAGAUGGAUCACAAAAGACGAUUGUGACUGGAAACAAAAGUCACACAAAAAAAGUCCGCACUUUUCUCACAGCAACAUUUGUUGCACAAGGAGAAGGGUUCAUGGCACAGUCAAUGGGGUUCCGUAAUACAGCUGGGCCAGAGGGACAUCAAGCGAUCGCAAUACGUGUCCAAUCUGAUAGAUCAAUUUUUCUUAACUGCCGAUUCGAAGGCUACCAAGACACUUUGUACGCUUACACACACCGUCAGUACUACAGAAGUUGUGUGAUAGUUGGAACAGUCGACUUUAUAUUCGGAGAUGCAGCUGCCGUCUUCCAGAACUGUAACAUAUUUAUCAGAAAGGGCUUAGUUGGACAAACAAAUACAGUGACCGCUCAAGGGCGUGUCGAUAAGUUUCAGACAACCGGUUUUGUGGUCCAUAAUUGUAAAAUUGCUGCAAACGAAGAUCUUAAGCCCGUAAAGUCAGAAUACAAGAGUUAUCUCGGACGGCCGUGGAAGAGUUACUCACGAACAGUCAUAAUGGAAUCUACAAUUGAGGAUGUAAUUGAUCCGGUUGGAUGGUUGAGAUGGCAAGAGAGCGAUUUCGCGAUAAAUACAUUGUAUUAUGCAGAGUACAGGAACAAAGGAUCAAGUGGAGAUAGUACUUCAAGGGUUAAAUGGCCUGGAUUAAAAGUCAUAAACAAGGAUGAAGCUUUGAACUAUACUGUUGGGCCCUUCUUACAAGGAGAUUGGAUUAAGGCCACAAGUUCUCCUGUUAAGUUCGGUCUUUAUGAUGCGUAAAGAGAUUUUGUUGACUGCGGAGAAGCAAAUUUGGUGACUUGUUUUGUUGUUAAGCGAUUCAUAGAAAAAAAAAAAUUGCAUCAAUGGAAAUUAUUUGAAGAAUCGGAUACUAGAACAUAGUAAUAUAAAAGAAUGCGUUGUAAUCAAACUUGCAUUGUUUCGUGCUAAAAACUUUUUUUUUGAAUGAAGAAUAUUUUAAGCAUUUUGGA